UUGCAUUCGUUGCAAUCCUAACGAUUUCUUAUUGAAUAGAGAAGUCAGAGAUCAAUUUCCGUGAUGUAGUGCUGGUACUGUGAAUGGCGCUAGUGCAUCGAAUCUUUGCAAUCCCUAGCAUAUUUCGAGUACGUCAUUGUCGUCAACUAGCGUCGCACGCCUGAUAGUUGUAGAUCCCACUAGUACUUGUUGGAUAUUUGUUUCAGUCAUUGUCUACGGAUUUGUCAGUCCAAGUAUUUUAUCUUAGUUCUGUGAUAGAGGUAAAGAAUUCCUUUUCUAUUUCUAGAUCUAGAAGAUGGAGUUUGUGCGUUUGCAACAAUUGUCGCGCCCUGACGCGGUCCAAACCUUUGGACAAUUAGGACAGGAAUUCGACUCCGAGAGUUCUUCCUCUUUUGCACAGCAGCACGUUGGAACCAAGCAAUUCGAGAAUUUCCGUCCGCGAGUCGAAGGCCUGACGUGCGCCGAGCGAGAACCCGUGGUCGCACUGGCUUACACACCCUAUGGCAAAAAAGCGCAACUAGCAGUGGCCCAUGGAACGAAAAUCAGCUUCUGGAAUGCGAAUAAAGCAGCAAGCAACAAUAAGGGAGGAGCGGCUUCUAAAAAGAAGAGGAAAGGAGCAACUGCGACGAGCAGUGCAGUGAACAGUGUUCCACUAGAGGCGAUGACAGAACCAGCUUACAGUGUGAACAAAUUCAAAGAUCUGGCGACCUGUCUCUCGGUACGAGCAGACGGCAAAUUGCUUGUAGCAGGAGAAGCAGGCGGCAGUCUGGCUGUUCUAGAAUGGGAGGAAGGAAGGUAUUCAAGAACAUUUUCAAUUUAUUGUUGAAGUAACUAGUUGUAUUAGGGAAAUUGAAUUCGGAUUACUAUGUAUUACAUCUAGAAGAAAAUGCUUCUUAUGUGUGAACCAUAAUGUUGUUGGUGAGAACUUCUUUUACUUCUAGAAUGAGAGAAGGGCACGGGACUUUUACAUUUGCACUCUUCAUUCUCUGAAAAAUCAUUAACCAAAUCAAAGAAAUGAAAACCAAUUUUAUCUCCACAACCACAGCGUUCUCCGUCGUCUGAAGGGUCACUCGAAUGCGCCAUUGUGCUGCGGCUUUUCUUCGGGCUUGACUCAGAUUCUUUCUGGUGGAAAGGACCGAACUUUGCGAUUGUACGAUAUUUCCGCGAGCUCUAAUGCUAACUUACUCACUUGGAACCAUGCCCAUGCGGAUUUCGUGAAAGCGCUUGCACCGAGUCCGGAUCAGCCCUUCGUCUGGCUCACUGGUGGCGCCGAAGGCGUCUGUAAACUUUGGGACUCUCGGAUCGACAAUCGCAGGAAUCAGUCGGGAUCAGGGACAGGAGUAGAAGGUUCUAUUUCUACCCCUGGUGCGGCAGCUCAUUACAACGGCUGUAUUGGAAGUUUUGGAACCACAUCAAGUGGAGCUAGUGAUGUACAUAAACAAAUGGUGCUGGAUCCAGUAGAGGCCGUUGCAUGGUAUCCAGGGAGCACGAUGUUCGUGUCGGCUGCUGGAACAAGCGUCCGCGUCUGGGACGUGAGGAAAGGAGGAAAUGACGGUACUACAACUAUUAUGAACAAUUCAGUUACAACUUGGAAACUUUUUUUUUGUAGUGCCAUGCAUAUAGGAGGGAAGAGCUUGCAUGUUUAUCUGAGAAAUAGGAUAAGGAUUAUAUCGAUAUUUUUAUAGAUGUUGAUCUCGAUCUGACGAGCCUGACCGCGCAAUAUCUUCUUUUACCCACCUAACUAAUAUACCUCCUUUUACCACAGGUUUGUUGUCUUGCUUUGGGUCGUCCCACCAUACCAAGGAGCUGACGGACGUGUCGGUGUCUGAAAGCGGCGACUUCAUCGUCUCUGGUUCGCUCGAUCAUACGUGCCGAGUCUGGGACGCGCGAUCCUACGGUCAUGUCUACGCUUUUGCACAUGAGAGUGCGGUUAGCAAGUGCAGCUUUGGCGGCAGCGACGAUUUCCUUGCGGUCGGACAGCAGAACGGACGAUUCACUGUGCGGAAGCAGUUCAAACCAAAAAGAAAUCCAGAUGGAUCUAUUUCUACGCAGAAAAUCACAAAGAAGAAGAAGAUUGUGAACAAAGCAGCAAUUGGGCAGCCAUUGACAACGCGGUACUACAAGCGUGGACAGGCAGCCGAGCCAGAAGCUGGCGACGAAGUCGUCAACGGACUAGCGAAAAAACAAAAACUCACACAUGUUGAGCACAGCCUGAGAAAAUUUCAGUACCGAAAGGCGUUGCAGCAAGCCAUAUCUUGUGGCUCUUUUAGCUACGCUUUGUCUUUCCUCGACGAGCUGGAAAGUCGCUCUGCGACGAGACAAGCAGUGAGCGGCCUGUCAGACCAGGAAUUGCUGGAUUUGUUGCAGUGGCUUGGCAGAGUGAUCGACCUGGGAGAAGCAGUUUGCUUUCGCAAACUAAUCGCAAACCUGUUUGAGGAAUUGUGCAGAGCGAACGAAGAACAAGCGGGACUGAUUGCAGCAGGUGGCCUCGUAGGUGGAAGCUCGGGUUCCUAUGGCUCAGUUGGUCCAUCUUCAGGUUCUUCUUCUAAAGGUCGCAGCCUUAAUACCUCAAGCUCAACAACAGGCGCGGCUCCAGGAACAAGCGCAUCUGCAGUUGUAACGAAUAGCAUAACCGGCACAGCAUCCUUAACCGACAGUAAAAAUCCGUUUCUGUUGCGGGAGCUAGAAGUGAUUCGGGGAAAGGUGAAUUCCGAACUCAAUAUGCAACAAAAGACGCUGCGACCGUUGCUGGGGAUACUCGAUACUCUCCUUUCGCAAUAAGUGUCGCAGAAGACCUAGACCUACGUUUCAGUCUAUUAUUUUUACAAUUACAACUAACUCCAUGCUCUUCAUCCAAACAUUUAUAGUACCAAUACUUACAACGUCCACGUCGAACUUAAGGACUCGACAACUUUCAUCAUCCUGUAUUUAUGUUUCUGGUCACUUAAAGAUCAUGUUUUUUUCCUUGCUAGGCGGACCUCUUGCAAUCAUACCUUACCUGCUCUGAGAACGGAACCCUGGGACUAUCAAGGCUUGAAGGAUAAGGAUGGACUUCCUGAUCACUUGCGCGCAUUUCGCGUCGUUCGCGGACUAGUCGUGGAGUCCUUGUUCUGUUACUGCACGACCACGAUGAGCAUGCAUCCUCGAAUAAAAUCGCCACUUCCACCUCCCACUGCAAAGCUGAG